AAAAUCCCAUUCCUCGACUGGGAUCCGAACCCAGUACCUACCAGCCUGUUAACCGAUAGCCUCACCACGACGCCACCGAGGCCGGUCCCAGUCCCAACCAGAGAUCCACAAAUUUUAGAUCGUUGUUUACGCUGUGGGAGCCAAACUCCCUUCCAAGCGUGACGUCAUUAGUCAAUGUAACAUAAUGGCAAUAUUACGUUUAUUUGGUACAGCUCGAUGUCAAGUAGGAUGGUCUUUUUUCUCCAUACAAAUUAAUGCCCAAUGAUUUUAGAUACCGUAGUUAUUUAUGCUGUGGGAGCCAAACUGCAAUUACGUGACAUCAUUUAUCAUUGCAACAUAUAAUGACAAUAUUGAGCUUACUGUGUCGAGCGCUUUGUCGGUAAGGAUAUGAAGUCGAUGGGUUUUUUCCCCCUUAUAAACCUUCUUAGAUCGUUGUUUAUGCUGUGAGAAUCAAACUUCGGUUCAAAGCGUCUAACAAUUGUGUGACGUUAUGUUUCAUUGUAGCACACUCGUAGGCAAUACUGAGCUCAGUGCCUUGAGCGGAAUAUAUAAUAAGAUAUGACAGCCCAUGUAGCUGAGGUGUGCCCUGGACAGCGUGUUUGAACCUUAAUUGUAUAUAAUGAGCACGAAAAUAAGUUGAAAUGAAUGUGUAGGAUAUGCUGUCGAGGUUUUCCCCCCUAUUUUAACUAGCUAGACUCGCUUCCUAGUGUUUAACAGUUGCAUGACGUCAUUUGCCAUUGUGACAUAAACAUAAUGACAAUUUUGAGCUUAACGUAGUGGCUAGAGUGCGAUACCAUAUAAAACACAUGAAGUCGAGAAUAUUUUUAUCAGUCCCAGCCAGUGUUCCACGAUUCUUAUAUCGUUGUGUAUGUUGUCGGGGCCAAACGUCUUAAGCACCAGUCCCACUAAGUACGGACCACCACGGACCAUCCAGGAUCAUCCCGUACCACGGUCCUUGAUGAUCCUGGGUGAUCCGGGGGAUUUUUGGCAAAAAAAUCGCGACCGAGGACCGUUACCCCUAUAGCGCCACGGUGUCCCCCCGGACCAUCCCGGCAGCCACCCCGGACAACCCCGGUGUCAUUACGGUGUCACUACGGAUCACCCCGGACCAUCCCGGAUGACCCCGGACCAUCCCGGCAGCCACCCCAGACAACCCCGGUGUCAUUACGGUGUCACUACGGAUCACCCCGGCAGCACUACGAUGCCACUACGGAUCACCCCGGCAGCACUACGGUACCACUACGGAUGGGCCUGGAUCACCCCGGACCAGCUUAUGUUUGCUAUAAAUACGUGCAUUUUUAGUCUGAAUCCAUUUGUCCUAUAGAUUCCAGAGAAGAAUGACGUUCAACAUGCCUCCAAAAACUUGGUCCAAUCCCUUCCUUUACACGAAGCAACUUAAAGAAUAUAAAGAUACUCAAAGGAAGACCCGAGUGUGGGCCGAGAAGGCAGCUGAACUGGGGCUGGAAUCAGGUACUCUGCUGAGGACAUACUACGAAAGUGUCCGCACCAAGGUUGGGAAAAUAACUGACACUAAAUCCGGGUCAUCCACCAAAGAUCUGACGGAGCGGGACAACUUCAUAAUGACCAACUCCAGCUUCCUCCAGACGCACAUCUCCAGGAUGCGAGGCCGUACAGCCAUUAGUUUGAAGUCCCAGCUUGCCACCACCAUCCCGACCAGGAGUAGUAGUACGUCAGUAUCGGAACUGGCAAAUCUACUUACAUCCGGGGUCGCCAGAGGACGUUCUGAAAGGAAGUCUCUAGGAGCGACGACGAAAAUGACACCAGGGAUAUCAUCGCCACUCUCGAGAUGCAGCAGAAGUAGUCUGCAGAAAUACACGGGCAGAUCACCAAACUGCUGUCACAGGAGCAGUCCUCUGCUACAGCUGCCUGGGGGACUUGGAUGGGGGCUAUGGGGAAGCAGAUUGACCCACGUCUGCUCCCCAAAUUUUACAAGUCCAAGUCUCGUGCUGGGCCUCAUAGAUGAAUCUAGUCAACUUCCUCCACCGCAACAUUAUCAGGAGCAGCAGCCUCAGCAGCAACCACAUCAGCAGCAACCCCAGCAGCAACCGGCUGGUUCCUCCCAAGGUGGAGAUGGUGGGGGAUCUAAUAACCCUGUAUGAACUGUGCUUAAUGAACUAUUAUGACAUGUGAUAUUGAACUUUAAAAAUGUGGUUAUUACUUUGAUUUAUGUUUGUUUUUAUUGUUGCAAUAAAUAAUGAAUGUCGUUGAUAAUUAUGUGAUAAUAAAUAAAAAUAUGUGAUUGCAA